UCUUCUUCUUCCGCCGGCUUCUCUUCCAAGCCUCUCGCCUUCUCCCUCCCGCGCUCGCCGCCAAAACCCCUCGAAACCCUAGGCUGCUUCGCUUCCUCCUCCUCCUCCUCCGCUCCAAUGGCGGACGUGCUCCUCCCGGAGCUCCGCUCUCCUCCUCCUCCGCCGCCGCCGCCGCCACCGACAAAUGAUGAUCGCGCGCGGGCGGUGGACCUGCCAUCGCCGACUCCGGAGUGUGACGAUCGCUCGCCGCGUCGUGAGCUGGGGCGCUCGCCGGAGGAUCACGGCGUGCCGCUCCCUCCCCCGCCACCGCUCGGCUCCUCGCGCCCCGAGCGCCUCGCCAGCGAUCGUCCGGAGGAGGGCGCCUCCGCCGCCGCGCAGCCGUGUGGCGGAAGGAGUGAGAGCCCCACGGCGAGGUCCAUGUGGCCGCGGAGGCUCUCCCCUGCGUCGUUGCCGCCGCGUGGCGGGAGGAGGAGCGAGAGCCCCACGCCGAGGUCCAUCUGGCGGCGGCUCUCCCCGUCCCCGCCCCCGCCGCUGCCGCCCUUGCCUCCCAAGCGGCCGCGCUUGGACGGCCGCCGUAGCCCACCGCGCGGUGGGAGAUUCGGAUUCGAGCACGAGCGAGGCAGGGAAAGGAGCAUGAACACUUCGCGUCGCGCUCCAGAUUGCCUGGAUUCUGGAUGUGAUGCCCCCUAUAAUGGUCAAAGUAACACCCGGAGGAAAGGAUUGAUGACAUACAAACAGUUUACCCAAAAACUUGAAGAUGAUGUUUCACCGGGUGAAGCUGAGAGCAGGUACCAAGAAUACAAGACAUCAUACAUUACUUCUCAGAAACAGGAUUAUUUUGAUCACCAUAAGAAUGAAGAUCGUUUGAAAGACAUGUACCACCCAACAAACUUAUUAUCUGUUAUUGAAAGGCGGAAUGAACUUUGCAAGGCUGCAGCGAAGAAUUUGAUUCUUGAUUUGCGGAGUGGAACUUUGGACCUUGGUCCUGGAAUGACUGCUGGUACAGCAAGUAAAUCAGGAAAUGACAGUGAUGGAAUCCCUGCAGAUGAUGAAGAUUAUCACAACAAGAGAAGAAGGCAUCACAGAGGUCCCCUGGAAGAAACUGAACUAGUUUCAGUUGCUCCUAAAGCUCACCCAGUCAGUUCGCAUUAUCGACGAAUUCAAACUGACAUACAUCAAACUCUAGCCUUAGUGAAGAAGCUUGAUGAAGAGAAGGGUAUUGUGGGAAACAUCCUGACAACUGGUGAUCACACAAAGUCAAAUGGUGACAAAUCAUAUGCUGGAUCUACAGGGCCUUUAGUUAUUGUCCGGGGCUUAUCAACUGUUAAGGGCCUUGAUGGUUUUGAGCUCCUAGACACUCUCCUUACUUAUUUGUGGCAUGUCCAUGGUAUUGAUUACUAUGGGAUGUCUGAGAGUACAAAUGCAAAAGGUCUUCGUCAUGUGAGAGCUGAUACGAAGAAUGCCAACAUGGACAAAAGCAGCGCUGCUGAUUGGGAGAAGAAACUGGAUUAUUUCUGGCAAGAGAGACUGACAAACGGCAAGGAUCCUCUAGUUGCAUUGACUGCCAAGGAUAAAAUUGAUGCAUCAGCUGAUAAAGUUCUAGAAUCUUAUGUCACAAAGGUUAAGGAUGAUAACUACGGAUGGACAUACGGCUGUGGAGCCAAAGGAUGUAUAAAAGUUUUCCAUGCUCCUGACUUUGUUCUCAAACAUCUGAACCUCAAGCAUCCUGAUUUGGUCUCCAAAUUGACUUCAAGAGUCCAAGAGGAUAUCUAUUUCCAAAAUUAUAUGAAUGAUCCAAAUGCUCCAGGUGGCACACCAGUUAUGCAGCAACAAUCACCAGAGCAGCAAGGACCUACACCUUCUGAACUAACGCCUGGUGCUUUUGGCGGGCAGGGUUCCUUCGUUGAAAUGCCCACUCCACCAGUACUAAUACCUGUGCCUGGUGCUGGUCCAUUGGGUCCAUUUGUUCCUGCACCUCCAGAGGUAGUCAUGCAGAUGAUGCGACCAGUGAUGCCCAUGUAUCCGCCUCGUCCGCCUAACCCUCGUCGUCUGCGAAGCUACAAAGAUCUUGACGCUCCUGAUGAUGAAGUCACUCUCGUGGACUACAGAAGUUUGUAGAUGCGCGUUUCGUGUUAACCAGCAGCCAGCAGGCUAAUUCGGUGAUGGUUCCUCCAGACAGCGUAAAAUUUUUCUAACAACUGAUAUGAAAGCACGAUUACUUCCCGUUGCUGCCACAAUGAGGAGACGGACGACGGAUAGGAAAUUUUCGUCACGUCUGACACUUAAGAUGCGUGUCGCUUGAACGAUCAACCAUUCUAUCAUACAUACAUUGAUCUGCCCCUGUGUUUUCUGAUACUUGAAUGGGCAACAGAAGUUACGGGAUUAACAUGAUCUAAUUUGCCACUGUACAUGUUUGCUGCAGGAUGAUGGAAAACUAGUUAUUCUUCCCUCUUCUUAGACAUGUUCUUUUGGAUGCACUCCGUUUAACACCCUAUAUGAAGCGAGAAAGACCUCUUUCUUCUUUUUUUUCCUAUUAACUAUAUAUCUGUCUGGUGGAUAAUGGUUUGCUUAACACAGACCGCGUUACAAUAUAUGUUCCCUUUGUAGUUUCUA